GUGGGGUCAUUGGCCUAGCAGUACCGUUAUCAUCGAGAUUGCUACGAGGCCAGGCUGAGUACGAAGAGCAUCGACAGAAGAAGGAGCAGGAGCGGGCUACCAUUAAGGAGCUCACCAUCCAGCACAUCGACGUGAUGGAGCAGUCGGGCUCCCAAGAGGAAUCG